GCGCGGCAAACGUGCGGUUCCGGGUCGGUGCUCGGCUCGUCGGCCUGAGGUGGGGGCCAAGCGCCCUCGAGAGUCCGCGGAGGCGUGGCUGCUCCCACACAGCAAGUGCACUACUGGAGUCCCUGGACGCAAGUAGGCCUCCCUCUCUCCCAUGGCCUCCGGCGCUCUACCGCGAGGGCAGUGACUUUGACCUCCAUACUCUUUUAAAUAUAGUAGAUAAGACAGAUCUUGUGUUGCCAAAAUUCUUUGGCCCACAUUUAAGUGGGAUGCAGCUAGCCUGGAGGUGUGAAUGAAUUUCAUUCACUGAGAAGUCUAGGGGUUAGUUAACCCUGAAAGAUAUCCACACAGCAAAAAUGUUUGCAAAACUAAAGAAGAAAAUUGCAGAAGAGACUGCUGUUGCUCAGAGACCAGGCGGCACAACAAGGAUCCCACGCUCUGUGAGCAAGGAGUCUGUGGCCUCCAUGGGAGCUGACUCUGGAGAUGAUUUUGCUUCCGAUGGUAGCAGCUCCAGAGAAGAUCUCUCAUCCCAGCUUUUGAGAAGAAAUGAACAGAUACGGAAGUUAGAGGCCAGACUUUCUGACUAUGCUGAACAGGUCCGAAACUUGCAGAAGAUAAAAGAGAAGCUUGAAAUUGCAUUAGAAAAACACCAGGAUUCUUCCAUGCGGAAAUUUCAAGAACAGAAUGAAACAUUCCAAGCCAGCAGAGCCAAAAUGGCAGAAGGACUGGCUUUGGCUUUAGCCAGGAAGGACCAGGAAUGGUCAGAAAAGAUGGAACAGCUUGAAAAGGAUAAAAGGUUUCUAACAUCUCAGCUGCAAGAAGUAAAGAACCAGAGCUUGAGCCUUUUUCAAAAAAGAGAUGAAAUUGAUGAAUUAGAGGGGUUCCAGCAGCAGGAAAUCAGCAAAGUAAAACACAUGCUUUUAAAAAAAGAAGAAUGCUUGGGGAAGAUGGAGCAAGAAUUGGAUGCACGAACCAGGGAACUUAACCGUACUCAGGAGGAGUUGGUGACUUCUAAUCAGUUGUCAUCUGACUUAAACGAGCGGCUAGAAGAAUUGCAGAGACACUGCUCAACGCUGGAAGAGCAGAGAGAUCACUUGACAGCUUCAAAAGCAGGUGCAGAACAUAAGAUUGUAGUCCUGGAACAAAAGGAACAAGAGCUCCAGGCGAUCAUCCAGCAGCAUUCCAUUGACCUACAAAAGGUCACUGCUGAAACGCAAGAAAAAGAAAAAGUCAUCACACAUCUACAAGAGAAGGUUAUAUUCUUGGAAAAGAGACUAGAACAGAAUUUAUCAGGAGAAGAUCAUGUACAAGAACUCUUGAAAGAGAAAACAGUUGCUGAACAGAAUCUGGAAGAUACUAGGCAGCAGCUCUUGGCUGCCAGGAACAGCCACACCAAGGCACUUUACCUCCUGGAGACUCGGGUGAAGGACCUAGAGCGGAGUCUACAGGCUGCUGAAGAACAGCUAAGCCAGAGUAGAAAUGUUGUGGCUGACCAGGAAGCCCAGAUCCAGAAGCUUAUCACUACAAACCAGGAGAACAGCCUUUCCCAGCAGCAGGUUCUUGCCCUGGAACAGCAUUGCAGGGAGCGCAUCCAUGCACUGGAGGCCCAAAUUGAAGCUCUGGAACAAACACGGGUAGCUGACCAGAUAGCCUCAGAGCAGGGAAUGCUACAACUGCAGCAGGAAAAUGUGGCCCUUAAAGAAAGCAGAAAUGAAUGUGAACAUUCCUUACAACAUCACCAAUUGGAACUAAAGAAACUAAAGGAUGAAUGGAGCCAAAGAGAAAUUGUGAGUGUAGCAAUGGCUCAAGCCCUGGAGGAGGUGCGGAAACAGAGAGAAGAGUUCCAGCAACAGGCCACUGAGUUGACAGCCAUCAUAGAAGAGAAAAAUCAGAGCCUGUGUGAAAAGGAUGAGGCACUUCUCCAGAAGGAGCAGGAACUUCGACAGCUGGAAAAAGGUCACAGUUCUGCCCUGCUGCAGAUGCACAAACUGCAGAGGGAACUAGAGGCCUUGAAGACUUGCAAGGCUCAGGAGGCAAUGCCAGCCACAACAGGAGAGGACUGCCUGCCACUGCAGGGCCAGGAGCCACUUGUCAUUUCAAAAGCCAUGCAGAAUUCUGAGUAUGAGCUUCCAGCUGCAGAAGGAACUCCAAACGGUGAGGUUGGAGCCAGUGAUCUAAAGCAGCUACAGAAAGAAAAGCAGGACUUAGAACAGCAACUUAUCGAGAAAAAUAAGAUUAUGAAGCAAAUGCAGCAGAGGAUGCUGGAACUUAAGAAGACUCUACAGAAAGAGUUGAAAAUCAGACCUGACAGUGAGCUUUUUGAGGUCCGGGAGAAGACAGGCCCUGAGAUACCAAAUAUGGCCCCUUCUGUCACUAAUAAUACUGACCUGACUGAUGCCCGAGAGAUCAACUUUGAAUACCUUAAACAUGUUGUUUUAAAAUUCAUGUCCUGUCGAGAAUCUGAGGCUUUUCAUCUCAUAAAAGCAGUGUCAGUGCUGCUGAAUUUCUCACAAGAAGAGGAGAAUAUGCUCAAAGAGACUCUGGAAUAUAAGGUGAGUUUCUGGGGUCUGCUUCCAUUGCUGGACGAAGCUGAUCAGGCAGUUGAAAGAACAUUCUUUAGCCUAAUGUUCUUUCCUUUGUCACCACCAGACUUUGUUCAUCACAGCAUUUCAUUGAUGGCACUUUUAGUUAUGACUGGCACCUACACUUAACAUUUUCCCCCCUGGGCUAGGCUGUAGCUCAGUGGUAAAGUGCUGCCUAUUAUGAGCAAAGUCUCAGAUUGAUCAACAGCACAGCAAACCCCAUGAAAUUGCUAAGGCACCUGCAUAAAUGCUUAAAUGGAGUGGGAGGAACCUCUUACAGUUCACUGUCUUCUCAUCAACUCUGUCUUCCUACAGUUUCUUUUCCUAAAUCUGAGCUCUUGGCCCUGCACAUUGGAGGCUUUUUGGUUACUCCUCUUACCAACUGGGAUAACUAAAAGGCGAGGGCCAUUUCUGCUCCCACUGCAUUUAGUUGUUUCUCAGCUCAGAAGCCUUUUCUGUUCCAAAUGCAGAUGUCUUGGUUUGGAUCCAAACCAACUCCCAAGGGCAGCAUCCGGCCAUCUAUCUCCAACCCUCGGAUACCAUGGUCCUAGAGCCAUCCAAGGAUAGAGCUACAUGGGCUGACACUCUUCCUGUGAAAAGAAUACUGACACACCAGACUGGGUGGGUUUAUACAUCGAUGUAACUACAGUAUUUUGUACAAGUGUCUAGACAGUUUACAAGACUUUAGGCCCACCUCCCUGUAGACUGAUAAUGAACUUCAAAGGGAGCUAAUUCUAUCAUAAUGGUUAUUAAAUGAGAAGGAAUCCUGGGCACUGCCCAGAUUUCCACAGUGCUGCUAAUAUCCCAGCUCUGGCCAGCUGCAACUGAGUCCUCUAUCUUUUAACAUUAGCACUUAAAGAUGACGUGAUUGGCAUGUCAGGUGAAAAUUAAUUAUGAAGCAGAGGUAACAGGACUGAAGGUGGAGAUAGUCCUUUCAUAAAAAGCCAACUCAAGGGUGGUCUUUGGAGUCCCCUUCCACUAGCAUGUUUGGGUUUUCAUGCACUGUUGCCUCUCAAGAAAGUAUCAUUACACUUUGUUUCCCCAGCCACCUAGAACUUGAGAUGUGUCCAUCUCAUAGGUUACGGGGCCAGUGUGGACUGAUGAGUAUGCAACUUUCCAGUCCUGAGAAAACUAGCAAGCAGACGGAAUGAUCUCUCCGUAUAGCACCAAAUACACUCAAUUGCCUUCUUAAUGAAUGUACUCGUCUUGGAUGGGUUGCUGGUAAACCAUUUUAAAACUAUUUUUAUAGCAAAAGUUCUUCGCUAUUCUAAACAUGUCUUCUGUAUUAUAAAAUCCAUUUAAAGAUGAAAAUCAGAGCUUCAAGUCUUUCUAGUGCCAGGACAUAUGCCCCUUUGUAAUUUUUCUUGCCUUCUGUGGUACCUGCUCUCUAAAGCAGUAGUUUCUCCAGCUUUGCUCUGAAUUCUCUCAUAUUACCACUGAGCAAAUGCCAGUCACACUUCUACUUAAGAAUAACCUGCUGAAUUCAAUGGAAGCAGGCUGUCCCUCUCCUACCCUCGUUAUUUCUGAUGACACUACAUUGAUAUAUAGCACUCAGGCAGCCCAGCUGACUUCCACACUUGAUAGCACACAUGCCUCCGUUUUAGCUGAUAGAAACUUACAUUCAUUUUUACACUUGAUCUGGAUAAGCCACAUCAGAUCCCAAGGGAAGCCAUUUGAUUGAGUUUGAUGAAAGUGUUUCACUAGCGAGUAAGCCAAUAAUUGGAGCUUUUAAAGUUACCAUGUAUCUAGGUAAAUUUAUGUUCUUCAGCUUAAAGGCAACAUAUGCAUGUACAUGCAUAUAAUGUGUCAUACAGAAAUCGAAGUUUUGUAGCAUUUGCCUUCUAAGUCUAAAUCAGGAUGGCAUUGCUUUGGCUGUGGCUCUUCUUACAGGAGUUUCCCUUUAGGGUGCCACUUCCCAUUUAGUGGGGACAUGAAACUAGAGCCCCACUGUUAUGUGAUUUUACAGAGGAAGAUGUAGCUUCUCCAAGUAGGAUUCCUUCCCUUCCUCCUGUCCCAGGUAAGAAACCCCAGAGGACUGAACAGUCCACAGCCCUCCAGAAGCAGCUGCAGUUCCAGCUUUGGAAGCCCUUUCUACACCUUAGGUUUCUCAGGCCUUUGAGCUGGUAUGUCCGUCUGUCUAUCUGUCUCUCUCACACUCGAGCACACAGACACCCCUGCCUGCAGGUUGUGUUGUGGCUGUGGGGCCCACUCGUUUAGAAUGGCUUUCCUGCUGCAUGUUGAGCUCCUCCAGCACUAGGAGAGUGCAGUAGCUAUUCCAAGUGGCUUCAUGCACUUUACUUCCAUAAACUUUAUAAGAGACAGUGUGUAGCCCUUUAUAGAUGAGCACUGGACUGUGAUCUUACUACCAAUGUAAAUAGGGAUAGUAUUAUCUAAAAACUGCUGUAGCAGAAUUAUUUGUGGUGCAAUACUUUUUGAUUAAAGCUCUUCAAGAUGCAACUACAGUGAGUUUUACUUGAUAAAGCUCAAGGUAUGUUUAUUUUGAUGUGUCAAAUGUAAUCCUUCGGGGUUUUGUUUUGGUUGUUGGUUUUUGUUUUUUUUUUUUAAGCCAGGCUCUUUCUGCAGAGCCCGGCCUAUCUUGAAACUCAAUUCUGUAAAGCAGGCUGGCCUCAAACUCAAGAGAUCCACCUGCCUCUGCCUCUGCCUCCAAGUGCUGAGAUUAAAGGUAUGUGCCACCAUCACUCAGCUUUGUACUAAGUAUCAUAUUUCUAGGACUACAGAUUUUUUUGUCUUUCAAAAGAAAGCAAGUUCCUCAGAUUAAAGGUGAAUAAAUAUGUGA